UAAAAUGUGCGGGCCAAUAAUGGAUGCCGGGAUUGGCCCAGGAGGAGUUUACCUUCAUGCAAAUGAGCUCCACGCCGGCAUCGGCGCCUCCGAGGAGGAGGAGGACCCGCCAAUGCACUCACGUUCCCCGACGCCGGACAAAAAACACCUCCAACUCCACUUCAAUGUGAAAGCCCCCCGCGCGAUUUAGCGGACGGAAAAAAAAAAAAAAAAAAAAAAAAAAAAAAAAAAGACGACGUGUGUGUGUUUUUUGUUUGAUUUCUUUGUUGUUGUUGUUGUUGUUGUUGUCAUUCUAACGGAAUAACGCCACACAGGAGAAGCUCCCAGUCGGUAAGUGUUAUGAGGCGACCAUGAGCAGCGCAGAAGACAGCGGGAGCAAGGGCACGACGGGGCCCAUUUGCAGCUUCACCAUCCAGUCCAUCCUGGGCACGCCGUCAGAGGCGCCCCCGACGCCCACCCCGCACCCGCCGCCGCCGCCGCCGAUGCCGCGCUCCGGUGCCAAGGGACUAGUGCAGGCGGCGCGGAGGAGGACGCUGUCCGUGUCCUCCGAGGAGGAGUGCAGCGGCGGAGAGGACUCGGCGGACUGCUUCUGCUCCGAGCCGGUCCACGGACGAGCUUGCGGCCGGCACCGGCAACAUCGCGCUUUCGCGUGCUUAGGUUCCGCCAAGGGGCUCCUGUCCGCCAACGAGGGUCUGGCGAGGCGACCGCCCCUCCUGCACGACUACAACAAGGAGGACGAGCAGGACCGAGCCUUGCUGUCCCCCCUGUCCGAGGAGAGGCAGUCGGACGGGGCCGACAAGCACACGCAGGGCUCCUCGGCCAAGAAGAAGACGCGCACCGUGUUCUCCCGCAGCCAGGUGUACCAGCUGGAGUCCACGUUCGACAUGAAGCGCUACCUGAGCAGCUCGGAGCGCGCCUGCCUGGCGUCCAGCCUGCAGCUGACCGAGACGCAGGUCAAGACGUGGUUUCAGAACCGCAGGAACAAAUGGAAGCGGCAGCUCUCGGCCGAGCUGGAGGCGGCAAACAUGGCGCACGCCUCGGCGCAGACUCUCGUGGGUAUGCCGCUGGUUUUCCGGGAGAACUCCUUGCUGCGUGUCCCGGUGCCCCGCUCCAUCGCCUUCCCCACGCCCCUGUACUACCCCGGGAGCAAUCUGCCGGCUUUGCCUUUAUACAACCUGUACAAUAAGGUCGACUACUGAUACGGACGUACACAUUCUUAUUCCUAUAGCCCUGCAGGGGUGUCCAAACCUUUUCGCCGAGGGCCACUUUAAUAUUCAUCCAUCCAUCCAUCCAUCCAUUUUCUUUACUGCUUCUCCUCACGCGGGUCGCGGGCUGCUGGAGCCGAGCCCAGCUAUCUUCGGGCGGGAGGCGGGGUACACCUACACACAUAGAAACAAACAACCAUUCGCGCUCACAUUCACACCUACGGGCAAUUUAGAGUCUUCAAUCAACCUACCACGCAUGGUUUUGGGGAUGUGGGAGGAAACCGGAGUGCCCGGAGAAAACCCACGCAGGCAGAGGGAGAACAUGCAAACUCAAUUUGAACCCCGGUCCCCAGAACUGUCAGCAGAUGUGCUAACCAGUCGCCCACCUUGCCCACUGGAACAUUCUUUGACUUUAUUUAUUAAACGCUUUAAAACCAAUGCUACAAGCGAUUAUAUAUUGUUUAUAUUUUAUAGAAAGUUAAAAAAAAAAAACUACGUCAAAGCUUUCUGUUAAAGAUGAUAGUAUACUUCCGCCUUUGCACUAAGCAGACCUUCUCAAACUAAAUAUAAAACAAAGAGAAUUACACGUGUAUUUCAAGCUACCACGCAACUUCGCCCACAACUAGCUUACUGCUAACACACAACGCUGAACUCCAUAGAUGGGCUAACAAUUAGCAUCGGUAGUUGCGGUGUCAUAACCCUUGAAGCAACAGUUAUUUGAACGGUGAGGUAACAAGUAGACAGACAAUAUAACAAUACUCACAGGCAUAUUUUCUUUAUCCUCUGAGAAAAAUGAAUAUUACUGCAGUAUACUAUCAUUUACAGUAGUUGUGUCUGUCUUCGUGACUGUAUUACACUGCCCCCAAGUGUCCAAUUCACAUACACGACGCACAAACUAUUGAAUUCUUUACAAUAUAUUGUUUUUUUUCCCUCUAUAUGUUUUAUUAAGUAAAUAUUAUAGAGUACUUACUUCCUUAUUGACAAACUACAAAUUUGGGGUUUUUGAGCGGGCAAGGCUGGAAGAGAUUAAUGGCAUUUCCAUUCAUUUGAAUGGGGAAAGAUGAUUUGAGAAAAACGUUUUGAGUCUUAAGACACCACUGUAUUUUCAUUCGGUUAUACAGAGACAUUGUUACUAUUUUAGUUUGAAAUUAUUCUAUUUUUUUUUGCAUCUUUGCAUAUCUGGAAAAGCUCUGAACAAAGCAAUUUGUUAGUCGUAGUAGUUUGACGUGGGUGUGCCUCACUUUUUCGACACUCAUACCUUUCCGACUUCCCCUCCCCCCCUGGGCCGUAGUUUGGACACCCUUGCUAUUGCCUGUAUAUUGAUUCUAUGAGGAGGCAUUCAUAUGCAGCAAGUCUCACGAGAAGGCAACGAAGCUUCCCUGUAUGUAUUUCAAUACACCAUGUGUAUUCUUAAUUCAAAUCAUUUUCUACCUUUUUUUUGGGGGGGGGGGGGUGUUACCCCUACCCUCCAGUUCAGCCU